AUGACCUUCUCCAUGUCAACUCAUGCAUGUCUAGAAGAUCUCGCCGAACUCGAAAAACUUAGACUUUUAGCCUGUAGACCAGCUAAUAUUGCAGCAAUCGAGAAUUUGAUAGCAAAGUCUCGUCAGUUGUUGGAAGACACCAAAGACGAUUUUGAGCCUGUGUCAACUCUUCCGGUUCAAACAGCAUCUACUCCAAUUGUUCAGCCAGUUGAAAAAUCAUUGGAGCUAUCUAUUAGCCCAAGAGUACCUUCCGCUCCUAUAAGGGAGCCCAUUGGACGUGCAAAGGCAAAAACACAGACAAUUUUCAUUACUUCUGGAUAUGGUUGGACUCAAUCAGACACCUAUGUCACAGUCUACCUGGAGAUUUCUGAUGCGCACCAGAUUACACUUGACCAAUGUGUUCUUGAUGUCCAGCCAAAGAGCGUUCAGCUGGACAUUCGCGAACACAAAGGUGCCAAUUACAAUUUCAGAAUUGCUCGACUUCAUGGCCAGAUCGAUCCCUCACAAUGCAAGAUCAAGAUCAAGGCUACCAAGAUUGUUCUCUUUCUUCGAAAACAAGAUUUCGGCAAGGAAUGGACUGAUUUACGCUUAAAGAACACACGCGAUAUGUACAACCAGCUACAGCGUGCAGAAGAAAAAGGCAACUACACACACAAGAAUCUUACCGCGCCGAUUAAUGAACAUGUACUAGGAGACGGACCUACCGUGUACGGCGAGGCUAUCCAGAACAUGAUGAAGACCAUGUUUAGCGGCAGUGAACCGUUUGCAGGAAAACCCUCCUUUAAAAACAAUCUUAAUCCCUUUGAAGCCCCGGGUGAUAAUUGUACCAACCCCCAAGCCUGCAAACACAAAUAG